AUGAAACAGUUUGGACUAGCAGCAUUUGACGAUUUGAAAGAUGGAAAAUUUACUGAUGUAAACAAAACUAUACUAGAAAAGCAAUCUAUCGAAUUAAGGGAUCAAUUGAACGUCUUUCAAGAACGACUGGUAGAAUUCGCCAAGAAGCAUAAUAGUGAACUUCAAGCUUCGCCAGAAUUUCGCUCAAAGUUCAUGCACAUGUGCUCCUCUAUUGGAAUUGAUCCCUUAUCUUUGUUUGAUCGGGAUAAACAUUUAUUUACAGUGAAUGAUUUUUACUAUGAAGUAUGCCUUAAGGUUAUAGAAAUAUGUCGACAAACUAAAGACAUGAAUGGAGGUGUCAUUUCGUUUGAAGAGUUGGAAAAAGUUCAUUUUCGAAAGCUGAAUGUAGGAAUUGAAGAUUUGGAAAAGUCUAUUGACAUGCUAAAGAGCCUAGAAUGUUUUGAGAUAUUUCAAAUUCGUGGGAAAAAUUUUUUGCGGAGUGUUCCAAAUGAACUGACAUCUGAUCAAACCAAGAUCUUGGAGAUAUGCUCCAUUUUAGGUUACUCAAGUAUUUCUCUGUUAAGAGCAAAUUUGGAAUGGGAAGCUGUAAGAAGUAAAUCUGCCCUAGAUGAGAUGGUUGCAAAUGGUUUACUGUGGAUAGAUUAUCAAGGGGGUGCAGAAGCGUUGUAUUGGGAUCCUUCUUGGAUUACCAAGCAAUUAUGA